GGACCGAUCAUGGGUGACUGGAGCUUUCUGGGUAAUAUUUUAGAGGAAGUUAACGAGCACUCUACGGUGAUCGGCCGGGUGUGGCUCACGGUGCUCUUCAUCUUCCGUAUCCUCAUUCUGGGCACGGCGGCAGAAUUCGUGUGGGGCGAUGAGCAGUCUGACUAUGUCUGUAACACACAGCAACCUGGAUGUGAGAACGUGUGCUACGAUGAGGCCUUCCCUAUCUCCCACAUCCGUCUGUGGGUGCUGCAGAUCAUCUUUGUGUCCACACCGUCUCUGGUGUACGUGGGUCAUGCCGUGCAUCAUGUGCACAUGGAGGAGAAACGCAAGGAGCGUGAGGAAGCAGAACUUAGUCGGCAGCAGGAGCUGAGCGAGGAGCGACUCCCUCUGGCACCUGACCAGGGCAGUGUCCGCACCACAAAGGAGACCAGCACAAAAGGAAGCAAGAAGUUCCGGCUGGAGGGCACCCUGCUGAGGACCUACAUCUGCCACAUCAUCUUCAAGACACUGUUUGAGGUGGGUUUCGUGGUGGGCCAGUACUUCUUGUAUGGCUUCCGCAUCCUGCCACUGUACAAAUGCAGCCGCUGGCCCUGCCCCAACACGGUGGACUGCUUUGUGUCCCGCCCAACGGAGAAGACCGUCUUCAUCAUCUUCAUGUUGGCUGUGGCCUGUGUCUCACUCUUCCUCAACUUUGUGGAGAUCAGUCAUCUGGGCCUGAAGAAGAUUCGCUUUGUCUUUCGCAAGCCUGCCCCAGCCCCAGCCCAAACUGAGGCGUCGGCCCCCCUGCCGCCCCAAGUGAAGAGCCUGCCCCCCCUGGCCAUGCCCUCCCUGCAGAGAGCUAAAGGUUACAGGCUGCUAGAGGAGGAGAAAGCUCCCCCUGUAACUCACCUCUACCCGCUGGCUGAGGUGGGCAUGGAGGCUGGCAGAGGGGCCCCGCCCUUCCAGGCGCUGGAGGAGAAGGCGGAGGAGGUGCUGCCAAUGGAGGACAUCUCUAAGGUGUAUGACGAGACUCUGCCCUCCUACGCCCAGACCACUGGGAGAGGGUCGGUGACAUUACAUGAGGAGGAGCCUGAGAAGGAGCCCGAGAAGGAGCCCGAGAGGGAGCCCGAGAGGGAGCCCGAGAGGGAGCCCGAGAAGGAGCCCGAGAAGGUGCAGGUGGCUGAGGUGGAAGCAGAGAGGGUGGAGGAGGUUGUGGAUGAGGAUGUGGAGGUUGUGGAUGAGGAGGCAGUGAACGGGGAGGGGGUAACUCCAGCUGAGGCAGUGAUAGAGGCCAUGGAUACGAUAGAAGACACCAGACCGCUGAGCCGACUGAGCAAAGCCAGCAGCAGGGCCAGUUAGGCACUGACUUUAAUUCAUUCAGACGGCGACAUACUGCGAAUGCAGCAUGUGGCUGCAAGCGGCGUGGGUGGAAUGGAGGAUUUUUCUAGAUAUCUGGCCAUCAACUGGACCUUUUCUUUAAUAUGUUGCAUGUUCUGGAUUUUCUCACCUGCAGAAGGAUACAUAACCAUCUCACAGUUGGUGGGCAGCAAAGUGGUCCUGCGCUGUAACGUGUCUCUCAGCACGUUCGAGCAGCUGACAUGGAAAAUGAAUGGGGUUAACUUGUACAGCUUCAGGCCGAAGACACCCUUACAUGUCAAUGAAGAAGCUGUCCGCCUGAACAUAAACAUGUCUUUGUCAGAGAGUGAACAGUACGCACUCGUCAUGGACCAAGUCCAGAAGUCUCAUACAGGGAACUAUACCUGUGAGGUCACAACCCUCCAUUCACCCUGGGAACAUACGUGGGAGCUGAUAGUUACAAAUGUGACAGGUAACGAGCUGCCGGUUAUUGCUGUGGCAACUAUUGUUCCUUGUGUUUGUUGCCUGGUGUUAAUAUUUUCUUUGAUCCUUCUGAAAAGAGUCUGCAAACAGCAUGCACAACAUAGCAUUCAAUCUCCACACGCAAACAUGCAUGAGCAAACAGAAGAUAUAUAUGUAAACUGCCUGGAAACUGAUGUCAGGCAACGACACAGCAAUAAUCAGCUUUUCAGUAACAAACCCAGUGCUCACUUUAAUUAAAUAUGAACAGUUGAAACAGGGUUCUCCUCCCUUCCUCCAGUAAAACCAAGCUGAAUCAGGUGCUUCUCAGUUCAAAGACAGCAAACUUCCAGAGAACAAAAGUGACUGGAGCACGCAGAUUAAUUCACAAACUUAAAUUGUGCAAACAGACUAACAUUUCGACACUACUGUGUCUUCAUCAGAGUCAAAGUGGACAAAGACAUGAGGCAAACAACAUAUGUUAUCAACCUAGACCAGGUAUGCAGUUGUCAUUAGAUAAUUGAUUAAACAGGGUUUCAAAUCUAUUUGAUAAAGAA